GUUUUCAGACGGAUUUAGUUCUCUGCUUCUGUGUGUGUGGUAUUUUUUUCUUUCCCUGCAACAGGGUGCUUUCACUUUGUACGCCACUGACUCAGUGCUGUAACCCGCCUGUGUGACAUGGCACCAAAAAUCUUUGGCAUUUUUCACAUUUUUUUUAUAUAAUAGAAGCCGCUCGCGCGCGCCAUUGCUCUCGGGUCCUGGAGCUUUUCAUCCUCUCGAUCAAAAUCGUUCCUCUUGUUAUCGGAAACAUUUUUGGAUGUUCGCCCCUUUUGCCGGAAGUUGCAGAUCUCCUCGGAAUCGUUUGCGAAAACACAGCGCCGGCAAGAGAGACUUGUUGCUCUCGCGUCUUUGCUGUUUUUCUCCUUCUUCUUCUCCUUCUCCUUCUUCUCCUUCUCCUCCUUCUUCUCUUACAAUCCUCACCGUCUCGCCCUAGUGUGCUCCAGGCUUCGGCUUGGAGGUCCCAACCGCCAAAAUUGAUCCCAGCAGCUGGAGCGGCAGCGAAAGUCCUGGCGAGGACAUGGAGAGGAUGAGCGACUCUGCCGAGAAACCUAUGGACAAUGACGCUGAGGGUGUGUGGAGCCCUGACAUCGAGCAGAGCUUCCAGGAGGCGCUCGCUAUCUACCCACCCUGUGGCCGUCGCAAGAUCAUCCUUUCUGAUGAAGGCAAGAUGUAUGGUCGGAACGAGCUGAUUGCCAGAUACAUCAAACUGCGGACCGGGAAGACGAGGACGAGGAAGCAGGUGUCUAGUCACAUACAGGUCUUAGCAAGAAAGAAAGUUCGUGAAAUCCAAGCCGCCAUCAAGGUGUCUAGUCACAUUCAGGUUCUUGCCCGGCGGAAAUCUCGCGAGUUUCAUUCCAAGCUAAAGGUGACGAGCAUGGAUCAGACCGUGAAGGACAAAGCCCUUCAGAGCAUGGCAUCCAUGUCCUCAGCACAGAUCGUCUCCGCUACGGCCAUCCACAACAAGCUGGGCUUGCCAGGCAUCCCUCGACCCGCCUUCCCUGGAGCAGCUGGGUUUUGGCAGGGCAUGAUAUCCCCGGGACAGCCAGGAUCCUCACAAGACAUCAAGCCGUUUGCACAGCAGGCCUACCCCAUCCAGCCCACCGUCACAACAGCAAUUUCAAGUUACGAGUCCACAGCAGCACCAGCACCCACAGUACCAGCGUGGCAGGGUCGCUCCAUCGGCACCAGCAAGCUCAGGCUGGUCGAAUUCUCAGCUUUCCUCGAGCAGCAGAGGGAACCAGACUCAUACAACAAGCACCUUUUUGUACACAUCGGUCAGACAAAUCACUCCUACAGCGAUGCUCUGCUGGAGUCGGUGGACAUUCGUCAGAUUUAUGACAAAUUUCCAGAGAAGAAAGGAGGGCUGAAGGAGCUCUUUGGCAAAGGCCCACAGAAUUCCUUCUUCCUCAUAAAGUUCUGGGCCGACUUGAACUGUAACAUGCAGGAGGAAACCGGGGCCUUCUAUGGAGUCACCAGCCAGUACGAGAGCCCGGAGAACAUGACCAUCACCUGCUCCACUAAAGUCUGCUCAUUUGGCAAGCAGGUGGUGGAAAAAGUGGAGACGGAAUAUGCUCGCUUCGAGAACGGUCGCUUCGUGUACCGGAUAAGCCGCUCCCCCAUGUGCGAAUACAUGAUAAACUUCAUCCACAAGCUCAAACACCUGCCUGAAAAGUACAUGAUGAACAGUGUGCUGGAGAACUUCACAAUCCUAUUGGUGGUCACAAACAGAGACACACAGGAGACCCUGCUGUGCAUGGCGUGUGUGUUCGAGGUGUCGAACAGCGAACACGGCGCUCAGCAUCACAUCUACAGACUGGUGAAAGAAUGAAGCUCGUGCCAGCCAACAGAUCUGUUCUAUAGACUCUGAACCUCAAUUUAAAAAAAAUAAAUAAAUAAACAAAAACAAAAAAGUGGCAGUGCCUCUAGUUCAACACUCACCUGCAGCGAUUCGAGCUCUCAUCCGGGUGACGCUUAUCUUAUUGUUAUUAUUAUUUUUUUUUUAUCAGUCUUUAUUAAUGUAUAUGUGUUGGAUGUUUUGACUGCAGCUGUGAAUCACGGUACAGUUGUAUUAUGUUUUGAUACAGGAAAGAGUCAUUUUAAAGGAAGCCUAAUCGACGUUUUCUCCGUAGGUUGUACGUGUAUACAUAUAUAUAUAAAUAUAUAUGUAUAUACAUAUAUAUACAUAUGUGUUUGUAUGUGUGUGUAUAUAUAUAUAUAUAUAUAUAUAUAUAUAUAUAUAUAUAUAUAUAUAUAUAUACAUAUACAUACAUACAUAUAUAUAAGUGGCAGUAUCGCUAGACUUCGCUAGAUUUAAACCUAGCAGAGAAAGACAAUGUUUUAGGUUUUAAUCUUGUUAUAAUGUACACCUUAAAAGCAGAUUUAGCCUUUAGGUUUAUAUCAAACAAUACCGUCUAUGAAUGUGUACGUGUCUGUGUAUAAAUGUAUAUACCCGCAUUAUUGUAGGCUUUCCAAAGAUUACAAAAAAAUCUUUUGUUUUGGAACAUUCGGUUGAUUCAGAGAGGAAUAACUGUAAAGGCCAUCGAAAUAAUAAGAAUACAGUUACUGAAUUUCGGCAUCUGUAGCAUUCAGGGAAUUUAAAAGUGCAGCCCUUGGGAAAAAAAAUCUCACGUGUCUCACCUGCAAUAAAAAAAAUUAAAAAAGAAAUUCGAUCUACUCCACUGCAAAAUCCAAAAGUAUCUUGCUAACGUUUUAGUCACUAAGGGUGCUUUCACACUUAUUAAUCCGUUUGUCGAAUCCGAAGCACACUUUUGGUGUGUUUUCUAGUUUCACAUAAUUGGAACGAAAAACAAACGAAGGGCUGAAAACGAAUUUGAUUCAUGAAUUACAUUUUUUAUUCAUUUGUCAGAAUGACAGAAGAGGAAAUGUCUAAAAAUCACAAAACAUUUGAGUCUCAUCUGAGUUUAUUGUCUUACUAUGAGACUUUUUUCAGCACUGUGUGGACACAAAAACAGGAUUUUGUUCAAAUCAGAUCUGAGCCACAGUCAUACAUGUUUCUAGAUCGGAACUGCAUCUGAUUCAUUCGGGUUUCAGUGCGCACAAAAACAGCAAUGCAGGACAGCGACAGUGACAGCGGGGACUGUGUUCAGUGGACAGAUUAGUAAAUAAAUUUGAUGUUUAAUACGUACAAGGAGAAUUGAUUCAGUCAAUUCAAAACCGGAAGGAAUAUACUGAAACCGAGUAGAGUGUUGAAACAGCUGUCUAUAAGAAAUCUGUUUUAGUGACAGAUUAGGAUCAUGAAUGUGAACAGUGCUAUUAAAAACCGAUUUGAUCCUAGCAAAAAAUCUGGAUAGUGCAAUGAAGCUUAUAAUCAAACUAUUAUACAUUCAGAUGCUCUCAUCCUGUUAAUCUUGUUAAUCUUUUUAAAAUUUUUCCCUAUUUUCACCGAUUACUGUGUUAUUACAUACCUACUAAACCCCAUUGCGGGCAAAAACACACUCGGUUUCGAUUCAAAAGGACUAAACGCUGCAUGUGUGAAAGCACCCAAAAAGCAAAAAAGCACUAGACAGACCACCAGAGGCGAGCUGAUUGUCAAAAUGUCCCGAGCACUUGGAUACUUUUGGGACAUGCCUUAUCAUGCGAACCUACGUUUUCAGUUUAUUCGACGAGACACAAUCAUAUUAUCUACAGACAUCAGGGAAGAUUCUUUCAAAGCUCGACCUUUAAUCACAUACCUUUCUCGUUUUGAUGAGUCCCAUCCCAGUGUCCUCUGCUGCCUUUAAUCCCCAACACCAAGCCUCUGUGGCCUCCUAAAACUGCGAGCCUUAACCAUGGCUGUGAGAGAUUUGUUGUUGUGUUUUUUUUGUUUUGGUUUUUUCUCCUUAAAAAAAAUGAUGCCACUAAAACUGUGAGCUCUUUCCUAAGCUGGAAGACUUUUCAUGUCCUCGUCCCAUGUCAUUCCACGGAAGUGUACAGUCACAGAGCUGCCAAAGCAUAACAAAGCACAGUGCCUUAACGGAUGCCUGCGUUCACACGAGCUGAGAAAACACUAAACUCAUCGUUUUGUGGUCUAACGAGAAAAGACUAGCGUGGCUAGUGUGCACAUCAGCUCACACUUACCACUACAUCCUAGAAAGCUAUCAAAACACUACCAAACUGGCCAUGCCUUUCUUAUCAGAAAAGACCAAAAAUAUAAAAAAAGUCCCUGGAGGCACGAUGAAUCUCCUCCUCGUUUCCUGCACUGUAGCAUACAAGUGCCUUUGGUUCACGUUUUUCCAGCUUAGAAAAGAC